AUACUUCUCUGGAAAACUCUCUCUGUUUCUCUCUCUUCUCUCUCUCUGUGCGACUGUGAUUUUGACCGUGGUGGCGUCACCGUCCUCCGUCGUCGUCUCCGGCUGUGCUGUACUCGGAAGGCUUCUCGCUUGAUGUGAAGUUUGUUGGGGGAUUCUGGCGAUGUGUGCACCAAGCUCUGCGCGCUUCUCUGAAUUCGGUUUUGGUUUUGUUUUUGUGAUUUACAGCUGUGGAUUCUUCAGAGAUGUUUGAUUGGAACGACCAAGAGCUUGCAAAUAUAAUAUGGGGCGAGGCAUGCGAGAGUGAUGACCAUAUUGUGCCUUAUCCUGAGGCAACUGAUGAUUACCAAGACAAGAAGGAACGUAACCAAGAAUCUGAUACCAUCAAGCCUACUGAGCAGAAGGCACCUGGAGCCAAAGUUGAUUUGCAUGGGAGGGAGCCUGAAAGCAGUUCCAACUUUGAGACUGGUGAAGGAAUAUCUACUUCUGGAUUCAGAACAGACACAUGGCCUGACUUAUCUGGUUUUGAGAAAAGUGAACAACAUUGCAUGGCUGAGGCGAAUCAACUUGUGAAAGGUGCUGAACUUAUUCAAAAUUCCAAUGAGGCUAAAGAACAAUUUGUUGACUAUGGGUGGGCUACUAUUGGAAGCUUUGAUGACCUUGAUCAAAUUUUCAGCAAUGAUGACACUAUAUUCAGCCAUGGAAGUCUUGGUAAUGUGGAUGAGCUGUGGUCUUCUAGAGAUGCCACUAAUAGUCCAAUCAAAGCAUUUCCUUUGACUUCAGACUCCCCAAGUUGCGGGUCAGGAGCAUUAAGGAAUGUGUCAGAGCAUUCGGAAGUUAAAACAGAAUAUGUGCAGCAAGAUGAACAGGCAAUUUCUCCUGUCUCUGGUACGACAGAUUAUUCUGCAUCUCAUGGUCUGCAGAAUGCCCCUGCAACUGUUGAUCAUGUAGAAUAUGCUGUGGGAAAAAGUAGGACCACAGAAAAGGAGCAGACAGUGUCAGACUUGGGCAACAGCACUGUAACAAAUUCCUACCAACCUGCUGUAAAUUCUUCUUCCUCGACUGAAAUUCCUGAUAAGGUUUCCAGGCAGAGAAAGUUUUUGAGGUCUCGUAAAAAGUUGGAGGACAAAAACGAGGGGAAAUCAUUGCAAGAUUUUUAUAGCAACUGGCCUUCAACAAGAAAUCCUUCUGGACAAUUUGAUAACCAGUUGCCAACCCUUAUUGUUCAGUCUUCUCCCACUUCAGUUCUUGGUCACAAGAGACAGCUUCAAGGACCCGAGUCUUUCCCGUACCAGCAUCUGUCAAAUCAAUUUUUGUCUCAGCCUAUGUUUGGGACUCUCACUAAUGCAUGCCAGGCUACGCCGGUGCUUUCUCACAUUCAGCCUGGGCAGAUUAAGCAUCAAACUUUUCUUUCUGGUUCUGACGUUUCUCCAGGUAGUGCGAUAACCAAGUCAGCAGAUACUUGCGCCAAGCCUCUGACUAUGACUACUCAGGAAAAAAUUGAAAAGUUAAGAAGGCGGCAGCAACUGCAGGCAAUGCUUGCUAUUAAAAAACAACAGCAACAAUUUAGCCAUCAAGUCUUGUGCACCAAUCAGCCUACCGCACAAAAGUGUCCUAAAGAAAAUCAAAUUCAGCACUCUGAGAGAGCUGAUCUGGAUGUUGAAGAUUUAAGCACUCUUCCUUCUCUGGACCCAAAUUCACCCAUUGAACAAGAUGAUUCAAAUACAGUUUCUGCAGCAGUUCAAUAUUACUCAGCGGAGGACACGAUACUCAACAGGCUUCAAGAUAUUAUAGCAAAGUUGGACAUCAGAACAAGACUUUGCAUACGGGAUAGCAUGUUGCGGUUAGCUCAAAGUGCAGUGCAAAGGCAUCAUACAAGUGAUACUGGCAGUUCCAACAGAAGCAGCAAGGAUGAGCCUGAAAACGUUGCAAAGGAGGAAAUCAGCGGCUGUAACAGGUAUGCCAGCAUGCCAGAUGUUGAGACCGAGACAAAUCCUAUAGACCGAACUGUGGCUCAUUUGCUCUUUCAUCGGCCGUUGGAACUAUCAGGAAAACAUUCUGGUGUACCAGAAUCACCUGCUCCUACUAAGAUGCCAUGUGAAUGCAAAACAGCAGGCUUAACAAGCUUGUCAAACGGAGUAUUGCCUGACAGUUUGAAGAACAAAACCUACUCUCAUCAAGAAUCUGGAAAUUAUUUCCCAGAUCGUGAGCCCCAGUCCGCGGAUCAGAAAUUUCCUUGCACAAACAAGUCUGAAAAUGGACCAGCAGAUGGUGGAAGUGGAACUAUGGAGGUUGAAGCCUCUAAUUGAAUGAAUAUGCAUAGCAGAAUUCUACUAGGCGAACUAUGAUCUUCAUUUAGUGUGGUCAUGGAGCUCGAACAACACAUUACUGUGGGGGGAGUAACCUAUAGAAUAAAGCUGCACUGUAAAAUCAAUUGGAUACAUCCAUCUUUGAAAAAUAUGUCAAGUUUCAGUAUGAUUAGUUAUCUAUGCAAGAGUCGUUUUGGUCUGUAUCUUUAAUGAUGAUAUUGAAGUCAACUGUGUACUAAUUAUGUGUAAAGACCCAAGCGUCGGAGCCACAGAUAUCUAGCUAGUGUGGGCAGAUUGACGCCUAACAAGUACCCAACUCUGCUAUUGUGGCCAGUGUUUGUAUAUUCGCGAGUUCUACUUGAUGCACAGGGAGAAGUGGUAUCAAUCAAGAGGCAUGUAGAAACGUGACGCGGAGUCCUAAGCAAGUGUACAGUUUUUCUUUCAACAAGACUCACUUCCAUCUAUUGCAUGAUCCACUAGUGUGGAGUAAUAAUCGAUUCAACUGCAAGGACCAAGUGUAUGAUUGGACUAUAAUAGCAUAACUCUUUUUU